CGUCGUUGUCCGCGUGUCGCUUCCGCCGCGUGCACUGCAGCAGUACGCACGCGAAUAAUACGAUAUCGCGUGUAAAUCCCAAAUACGAUAUCACGCGGCGCUUCAAUAGCGAUCCAUCGGCCGAUCGAAGCGGUCUGCGACAGCGCACACACGUCCGCCGCUGCAGUGUGUCACGGUCGAACCGCGCUCGAUACCCGCUAACCGUAGUAGUAGUAGUUACUUGUAUGAUAUAGGGUACGUUUCGAUAAAAACUCGUAGUCUUUUCCAAAUAAUAUUAUUUUAUAUAAAUAUCCGUACAUCUAUUAUUAAAUAAAUAUAGUAAUAUCGUGUGUCGGACGCGAGUCGUUUCAGCGGUGUUGUCGGUGUCGCGCACCUACGCGAGCUUUACGGGCACCGGAAAAGUGUGUAUACGGUGAACGCGUGGGGUGACGACGAGACAUGCACCCGUCGCCGUUGCCGGGUAGUCGCGGCGCCCGUCCCGUGCCGUCAAUACCGUUGCGGAAUCGUUAAUUGUUAUCGGAUCCAGUCGGAAUCGUGUUUUCGCGUCUAUCGAUCGGUCUUAAUGAAUUUCGCCAAUGGAUUUCCAGUAGUAGCGGAACGCGGCAGUGGUCGCCGCCGAUUUCGCGCGCAACCCACACGACGCCGGUAAGGCGCGCGCGCACGCCACCGCCGACGACGACGCCACCAACGCCGCCACCGACGACCACGACGACGCGCAUCUGACGAGCGCGAAACCACCGUCACACGCCGCGUAGGAAGCAGCGCGCGCGAAAUGUUUUCGGACACCGCCGCCGCACCGAUGUCGUUGUUGUUCCUCCGGCACCGGCGGACCGCCGAAUAGUGCGUGUGCGCCCGCACAUACCGACACAACCGGUCGGACACACAGUCUUCUGAUAAUCGUAAAUUUUUUUUUUUCGCGCCGCGUACACGUGGUGACCUUAUACCGUGGUACUCGUCGUAUGCGUACACAUUGCGCACGGGACGACGGUCACUGAGAGUGACAGAGAGUGGUUCUUACGGAGCGUUUGUGCCCUCGCGCGGCGCGUGACGACAGUACGAGACACGCGGAGCCGGCGAGCGUUCUUCGCCGGAUGGAAAACGUUCACAACAUGGCGCCAGAGUCGCCGCUCAACGAAGUAGUGGUCGAGUCAAUCGAUUCGCCACAAGACGUGAGGGCGCACGUCGACGCCGGUCGGCAGUCCGCGUGCCCCGUCGCCGAGCCGCCACCGACACGCGAACUGUGCAUCACGCGAGUGCCGCGAUCGCAGCCCGCCAGCAGGAUCGUUUGCCAUGCACGUUGUUCGCGGCCCGUCCAGCACGACGAGGACUCGGACGACGACCUGGACGACGACGACUUGGACGAAGAAAACGACGACGACCACAACGACCACAACGAACACAACGAACACAACAACCACCACCACCAACAGCAGCAACAGCAGCAACACCACCACCACCACCAGCAACAGCAGCAGCAGAACAACCGUGGCCACCAACACCAGCAGCAGCACCACCAGAACCAGCAGCACCACCAAGCCCACCAUCACCAACAACACCACCAAAACCAACACCACCCGCACCAACAGCAGCAGCAACACCAUCACCAAAACGCCGACCGAUCGCCCAUCGAGAGUAACGGUGGAGGCAGUCGCCGUGGCGUGGGCGGUACGGUCGUGGUCAGAGGUGGCUGCGGUGGCGGCGGCGGAGGCGGAGGAGGAAGCGGCGGCGUCAUCGUCGAAGACGGUAAACCGCCCGAGAGCACCAUCACCGUGAUCGUUCACCAUCCGGACGAAGACCGGGCCAACCGAUCGUCCAGACUCAACCCCAGACAUUCCGUCAGCGUGGCCGGUAUGAUCGAGUCACAAGACUACCAUCGCGGCGCCGGUUCCGGGACCGGCAACAACAGCGUGCUCCAGCUGCACCACCAGCAGCAGCAGCAGCAGCAACAGCAACAGCAACAGCCACAGCAGCAACAGCAACAGCAACAGCAACAGCCCGAACCCACAUACCAGACUCUGACGUCGGUCAACGGCAGAAUGUCGCCGCCCGGUUACAGCCCCAACUCGUCGUACGCCACGCUCACGCCGCUACAACCGCUGCCGCCCAUAUCGACCAUGUCCGACAAGUUCGUGUACGGUCACUCGAACAACGUGUCCGGUUCGUUCACGGUCAUGCAGAACAACAUCGGCGGUAUGGGCAUGGUGGUCAACAGCCCGUACACGUACGACAAGAUGGGCAUGCAUUCGCCCAACCACUAUUCGCCCACGCACAUGCACCACAUGCCGCCCCAACAGGGCUCGCCGAUAUCGCCGCAGAGCGCGUCGUACAGUCAAAACGGCGGCGGAGGCGGUGGAGGCGGCGGAGGCAUCUGCAACUCGCCGCAGAAGAGCAUGUCGUCGCCCAACAGCUGCUACGACUCGCCGUACACGCAGAUCGGACCCGGCGGCGGCGGCCGGUCGGGCAACCCGAUGCACAGCCCCGACCUGAGCCAAAACUCGGGGUCGCUGCACUCGCCGCCCAUGUCCAGUUACGGCGGCACCACCACGCUGUCCAACGUCAACGGGCUGACCACCAUCACGCCGCACCCUGGCCGGGGCGGUGGCGUGGUCGUGUCUCCUCGGCACUCGCCGUCCCUGGUCAUACACCCCAUCAUACAGCCCCAGGAGGUGGUGGUCACCACGUCCUCGCCCUCGCCGCCCGACCACUCGCAGAGGAUGCAGAUGAUGCACCAGCAGCAGCAGCAACUGCAACAGCAGCAGCAGCAGCAGACCACGUUGAUCAAGACGCAAUCGAUCACCACCACCACCACGGUGCUGGUGCAGAACGCGUCGUCGGCGUCCGGGUCGAACGGCAGCGGUUCCGACAUGGAGGAAAUCAACACCAAAGAGCUGGCGCAGCGUAUCAGCGCCGAGCUGAAACGGUACAGCAUACCGCAAGCGAUAUUCGCGCAACGGGUACUGUGCCGAUCGCAGGGCACGCUGUCCGACCUGCUCCGCAACCCCAAGCCCUGGUCCAAGCUGAAAUCCGGUCGGGAGACGUUCCGCCGCAUGUGGAAGUGGCUCCAGGAACCCGAAUUCCAGAGGAUGUCGGCCCUCCGCUUGGCAGGUACGCACGAUGAUUCUUCUUCUAACCUUGGUCAAGACUUAGAAGGUAUGUUAUUGGCGGAAAAUGGACUGCAAAAUGUUGCAACACCAAACGUCGGAAAUUACAUCAACAAUAUGGUAGCUCAAAUUCCACAGCAAAAUCCUCCUUGUAAACGAAAAGAAGAAUCUCAACCUAUUGUUCCUGAUCAUUCAACUGCACCCAAAAAACCACGUUUGGUCUUUACCGAUCUUCAACGACGAACACUGCAAGCUAUUUUUAAGGAAACGAAAAGGCCGUCAAAAGAAAUGCAAGUGACUAUAGCCAGGCAAUUGGGCCUGGAACCAACUACGGUCGGCAAUUUCUUCAUGAAUGCCAGAAGACGUUCGAUGGAUAAGUGGAAGGAUGAAGAUCCAAAAGUAAUGGCGGCAUCGAACCACCACCAAGACGACAUUGUAGUCAGCAUGCAAACAGGGACACAUAUGGGUAACCACCAGUCUGAAGUGUUGUGACCAAUAAUAAAUUAGGAUAAAUAUAGAUAUUUAUUCCAAAAUGUUAGAGUACAAUAUCGAAAUGUGAUUUAUUUUCUGGUCAGUUAUACUAUAAAAGUUAAUAGGUAUAUAUUUUUUUCUGUUUUUACGUAAAAAUAUUAUCUCGACAUAUAUAUUAUGGUAAGGCAACAUAACAUAUUUCCCGAUAAUUUUAUCCCUAUUGAUUUUUAAUCAAACCAAACCAUAACCGCGUGUAUCCGCUCCCCGUCCUAUAAUUAUGAUGAUUAAAAACAAUCAGGAAUUGUGUAAAAAUCGAAAAUCGAUUGACUUCUAUUUAUAUUCAUUAUUUGAUUAUACCAAUAAAUAUAUUUAUUUAUUUUCGUGAAUAUCUAUACCGAUACUACGUUAUUAUAAAAUAGUUCAUACCUAUGGUUAAAUUCGUUUUAUAUAACUACAGUAUAGUAUAAUUACGCUUUAAAUAUUAUUUUAAUACAUAUUGUAUUUCUUUUGUUGAAAACCACUUCACUGAUGUUUUACAAUAUUUACCUAAUGAUCUCUUCGUGUAUGUAGUCAUAUUGAAGUAUAUAAUAUUAUUAAGGCCCAACCACAAGCUUAAAUGAUUGUUCAAUCGAAUCAAUUAUCUAGUCAAAAACCGCUCAAUUUAAAAAAAAAAAUUGAAAAAAAAACAUAUUUAAGUAUAAACAAUUCUUUUGAAGUAUAUAUUUUUAUCGCAACUUUGUGCUUUCACAAACUUUACCAAAAUUUAUUCCGUCAUAAUAUUUUGUAUACCUAACACAAAAACGACAGUAAUAAAAGACAUAAUAAAAUAUGGACUUAGUUCAUUAAAACAAAAUAGUUUAUAACGAGCUUAAAUAUUUUUAUCUGAAUAUUAAUAUUUUUUCAUGAAACUGAUUACCAAGUGGAAAUUCCUAAAGGAAUCGCAUUGUUUACGUCCGAGUUUCUAAUAGAACUUAUAUUUUAGUGAUACCUUAAGCAUUCCAUAGUAUUAUAUCUAGUCAAAAUAGUUAGUGCAAUCGACUUAAUGUCAAAUUUAAUAAUUGGUGAUUUUUUUUUUAUUAUUAUUCUAUUUAAUUUUAGUUAUUAAUUUAUUAUUUUUUAUUUUCGACCCGAGUUUUUUGUUUCGUGGUUUAUCGAAGAACAAUGAAGUGGCUUAAUUAAUUUUUAUGAUGUUUGAAGUCCAAAAAAAAUAUCAAACAAAAUAACAACAAUUAAAUUUAGAGGAAUUCGGUUGCUCAGAGAUUGAUUUGAAAUUUUAACUUAAGAUCUCUUAUAAAAAAAAUCAAUUACUAACCCGAAUCACAUGAAACUAUUGUUUUCGUCAACAAUUGUUUUUUAAUUUGUUUUUCUUCUUCUCAACUUUUAAAACCUAUAAUAAAAUAUAAUAAUCAAAACUGUGUUAAAUAUUUAAACAUUUCAUUCAUUCAUUCAUUCAAAAUAAUAUUAUCUUUUACCUGCGGUCGAUAGUAUCCCAAUUAUGACUAAAGAGUAUUUUUUAAUAAUUAAUUGUUUUAUUCCCAAAGAAAAAUUCAAAACAUCAUUUAAAAUUAAGCUUUUUCUGCACAGAUUCUUUGUCUGUUAAAUUUUUUAUUUUUCACAUGUACAUUAUAAGAACCCAUUAGUAUGUAGUAUAAUUUAAUGCAAGUUUAGUGCGUAUGUGUGGUUGCCUAGCCAGUAAAUUAUUUUUAAUAAAACGAGAAUAUAUUAUUAUUAUAUAAUUUGUAUCAUAGAUUUUUCUAUUAUGCAUCUAAUUUAUUUGUAAAAAAAAAUAAUAAAUACACAUGCACAUUAACACGUUAAAAAAUUAUUACAAUCAAACAUGAUUAGUUGUAAAAUAUUGUAUAUAUAAUUUAUAUUUUAUAACCUUAAGGUUAUAUUCUAAUAUGAUUGUAUUUUUUGGGCAAUUUUCUGUGCGAAUAUAUAAGUAUCUAUUUAGAUUCAAACACAUUUUUUUUUUUAAUAAUUGGCAAUUUAAUUAACUGUUACUUUAUAUGUAUUUUUAGUUGUUUAGUAUUAUUAUUAUUAUUAUAUUAUUAUUAUUAUUAUUAUUAUUAUUGAACAAAUUUAUGUGUUACCUACUAUAAUUUAUAUACCUAGUCAUUUUUUUUUUUAGUUUGUAAACAAUUUAAAAGAAAAUAUUGUAUACUAAAAUGUAUUUUUUAAAAAACCGUUUCUAGUCUUGGAAUGCUACCAAUGUAUUAAUACUAAAUACUAAUCUAGUCAUGUAAAAGACAUUGUAUGUUUUAUACUUAAUUUCAUUUUUAGUGAUAUUAUAUAUUAUAUUAUGUAUUAAUAAAUUGUUAACAAUUUUCACAAACCAAAUUUUUGAUAGACCAAUAGACCAUAAAUAUUAUUUAGUUAAUAACUAUUGAAAAUGAAAAAAUAAUUAACUUAAAAUAUGUCAUCAUCGAAAUAUUUUAUUUCAUGAUUAUAAAAAAAAUGUGAAAAUUUCUUUUUAUUAUCUAAAGAAAUGUCUAAAAAAAAAUAAUGUAUUAGAUAUUUCUGAAAGUAAUUUAACAUUUUAUCAGUACUUUAAUAAUAAAGCAUUACUGUAAAUUCAUCGGAAAAAUUAUUUUUGUUUAAUAUACUAAAUUCAACGUACAUAAAAAGAAAAACUCUUUAUAAGUAAUAGCAAAAAAUUUUAGGUACCUACACGUUCAAAAUUUCUUUUUUUUACGGUGUAUUGUUAAUUAUACAUAUAUAAAUAUAUAUGCAUUUGUUUAUUUCAUAUGUAAUACCACUAUGUUGUGCAAACACAUUCAAUAUAAAAUAACAUAUUAUCCAACACGUUUUAGCGUUGUACAAGUAUGUCAUAACAACAAAUCAAUAACAUAAUAAUAUGUAAAAUAUUACAAUUAUUAUCCCACGGCGUCUUAGAUAGGCUUUUUAGCUACACCGCUGUCGUGAACCCAUUUUCAGAUAUUUUAUAAUAAUAUGACGUAUGAAGCGUGGGUUUUCUUAACUACAUCAAAGUACGUUACAGCUUCACCAGCGUGGUUAAGAAUAAAUAAGCAACUGAAAUUUGUUUUAAGAUGAUGCAGUGUCUAGUGUGGAUAAAGUAUUUAAGUUUAUAAUGAACAACUAGUUUGAUUUAUUGAUUUAUUACAAUACGCAUUGUUUAAAAAAAUAAUUUAUGUGUGAAAAAUUGUUGCAUCCGAAAACCGCACACGUUUGAUUUCUACCUGAAAAGGGUUGAUAGACAAAAAUCGCACACUUUAUCGGUCAUUGUAUAAAUAUUCCAAACGUAUAGUGGUUAAAACAAACAAACCACACACUAUUUUUAGUGCUAACUAACGGAUAAGAUAACUUAAGAUUAAAGGUGUACUGCAAUAAUCAUGAGAACAAGUUUUAAGACUUAAGUCACCACUCGUUAUUAAUCGAUCUUGCACCUCAUCAGUGUACACCUAUAUGAUAUAGUGGUUAGAACAUAAGUGAUUUUUUGGUAUUUUUAUUCAAAUAUUUUUAAUUAGGAAUAAUGGAUUUCAAAAUCAUCGACAGUAAUAAAGAGAGCAACUGUUUUGUACUUAAACAUUUUAAGUAGAAUAAAUUUAGAGUAAAUUUUUUUGGUUUGACUAAAUUAUAAAGUAUACAUAAAUAAUAGGUAAUAGGUAUACAUUAUAAAGAAUGCGAUUUUUGUUCAUACACCUUUUUGGGGUCGAGAUCAAAAGUAUAUGGUUUUUGGAUACAACAAUUUUAAAAAUUAUGUGGUUUUAAUAGGUUAAAUGAGUGCGGUUUUAACCUACCAAAGGUGUGCGGUUUUGUCCUGUAUUUUAUCGCAAGUGUGCGGUUUUAGAAGUCAAGUAAAUGUAUUUUAAUGUAAUCAGUGGAAGGUAAUAAAACAUAUUUUGUUAAAUCAGUUAUAAUUUAAUAUUUAUGAUUGUUUUUUAAAUAAAUUAUGUUUAAAAUGUUA